AUGGAAAAUGAGAUAAACAGUCACAAACAUCUAGACAAUGCAAAUGCCUUUUGCCAAUUGCAACAAGAAAUACCUGAAGACUCUUAUUUAAAAAAAGAUUUCAGAAGUUGGGUAGAAGAUAAGAAAAAAGAUGACAUGAAUUAUUGUGAAAGUAGUUUAGAUAAAAAUGAAGAGUAUACAAUCAAUAGUAACAAUGACAAGGAAAAUACUCAGUUCGAUCUUUUUCAAAGAGCAAUGAAAGCAAUACUUCGAUAUGGACAGUGGGUGGGUUUGAAUCCAGUCACAGCAAUAUUGAAUAACGAUAUUGCAAAAAUAAGAUUCAAAUUGUGCUCGUGGAGAUUCUUUUAUACGAUAAUACUAGCGACCUUUCAAGCACUUAUAUCAAUCGUCUCUGUGUAUAAUCAUCAUCCUACUCAUCCAGGUUAUACCGUUAAGUUUUUCAUAUUUUGGAGUCUCUCUUUAGCAAGUGUGUGCACUACGAUUAUUUUCAUCCAAAUUGCAAGUAAAUGGGAAAUAUUAUUAAAAGAAAUACUCAAUUGCCACCUGGACAAAUAUAUUGAUAAAGGAAUAAGUUUUUGGUGCGACUUAUCCUCCAUAGUGUUUUUGAUUUUAGCUAUUGUGGAAUACGUAGUGUAUUUCAUGUGGGAGAUAUCGGAAGUACUUGAAUGCGCAGAGAUAGUUGAUUAUAAUACUAUUGAGAUAAUCGUUAGGAACAUGGACCCAGCGAUCUUUGAAAUCGGUAUUCCUUACAGCAUACCAAUCGCCAUUUUACUCCAGGUGAAUAACAUAUUUACUUCAGCGAACUGGACCCUGGCGGAUGUAUACAUCAUUUGUAUAAGUUUAUACUUGACGUCGAUGUUAAAAGAGAUCAAUAAGAAAAUCCUGUGGGUUGCUGAUAAGAAUUAUCUAUCUCCAUCUAUUUGGGGCACUCUUCGAGAGGACUACAGCCGAGCAACUCGUCUCAUCAGACGGUUUGACGACGUGUUCAGUGGACUCAUACUUUUGUCUUUCGCUAACAAUCUUUCCUGGAUAUGUGUGCAGAUAUUCAAUGUAUUGGACAACGGUAUAAAACCACAACAUAAAAGUUUGGAAGAAUGUCCAUAUCAUCGUACUACACCCUUUCACGGUUACGAGCGUUCUAUAUACGUUGUGUUUUCCCUGAUAUUCUUGAUAGUGAGGUUUACGACCAUGUGUCUCGUAGCAGCGAGUGUGAAUGUCGCCUCUUCGGUGCCCGCUUCUGGUCUUUAUAGAGUGCCAUCUUGUGCUUAUUCAUUGGAGAUGGCAGGUACAAUAUUAACGUACGAGCUGGUUCUUCUGCAGUUAAGUAGUGAAGAACUAGAUAAUGCAUAA